AUGCGCCUCGUAAAACAGGCGAUUGAACGCGAUGGGUCAGGCACUAUCACCUUGUUUCCCGAGGAUCCUGAAGACAUGUGGUUCACCUACAACCUCAUCCGUCCCUCGGAUCUCCUCCGCGCCUCUGCGCUCCGCCGUAUCACCACGGAAUCAGCCACGGGCUCCACAUCCUCUACACGCGUGCACAUUAACCUACUCAUACGAGUGGAGAAGUUAGAUUUCGAUACCCAGUCGUCACAGCUACACGUCUCAGGACGUAUAAUCGAGGAGACGAAAUACACCAAGGUGGGGCAAUGGCAUACUCUGGAUCUGGAGCUGAACAGGAAUUUUACGUUGGAAAAGAAAGACGGAUGGGAUUCAGUGGCAAGAAAUCUUGUGAAGGAGGCGUGCGACCCUGCAAAGCAAGCAGAUGUUUGGGCUGUCAUCAUGCAGGAGGGUUUGGCACAUUUGGUGGUGUUGACAGGACAGAGAACAGUCCUCCGACAAAAGGUGGAAACAACGGUGCCGAAGAAGAGGGGGACAGGGAAGCAAGGAGAUCAUGAUAAAGCUCUCGAGAAAUUCUUUCAGACAACCUUGGAUACACUGCUGAGGCAUAUCGACCUGAGUGCGAAUUUGCCGAUUCUGCUGGCGAGUCCUGGCUUCGUGGCUCAGGCUUUUCUGAAGUUCAUACUGGAGACGGCAACGAGGACGGGCAAUAAGUCGCUGAUGGGGCAGAAGGGCAACUUUGUCGUCGUACACGCGGCUUCAGGAUACCUACACUCACUAAACGAAGUACUACAGUCCCCGGAAGUCCUAGCCAGGUUAAAAGACACCAAGUACGCCCGCGAGACGAAACUGAUGGAUACUUUCAUGAGUUUGCUUUACAAAGACGACGGCCGCGCCGCUUACGGCCCCAGAGAAGUUGAGCAGGCGGUCGAAAAAGGGGCCGUAGGGAGAGGCGGUGGGAUACUUUUGAUCUGUGAUUCUUUAUUCAGGGCACAAGAUGUGGGAACACGAAGGCGGUGGGUUGGUUUAGUGGAUAGGGUCAGAGAAACCGAGGGAGGCGAAGUAAGGGUUCUGAGUGGGACGCAUGAAAGUGGCAAGCAAUUGGAGGGUUUAGGCGGCAUUGCUGCGAUGCUAACGUUUCCGUUGGAGUAUUUGGACGGGGAGGAUGAAGUAGAAGACGAAAUUGCUUUGUCGAACGGGAACACCGCUGGAGAAAAAACCUGA